AUGGACACCAAAUUCGGUGCAUAUGGUCUUCCCAACGGCAGCUUCCAAUCACUAGACCUCAAGACCUGCAUGACUCUAGCGAAACGAGGCGGUUGCUCGAAAGACUUGCCAGUUGUGCUCUUCUCAGGCGCACUCGCUACAUCUCGACACCUGUACAACGCGAUGCUCCAGAACAUCGCGGCUACUGGUUACAUAGUGCUCUCCAUUGACCAUCCCUACGAUGCAGAUAUGGUUGAGUUCCCGGGUGGCACCAUAGUGACGGGUGUCGAUAUUGAGAGCGAUGCCGAGAUUGAGCUUGCACUCAACACACGAGUCGCCGACAUCGAAUUCGUCUCCAAGCAAAUGAAGAACGCCUCAGCCAUCAUGGAGCUACUCCCGGGAUAUGUGAGCUCCAAGAAAGCGCCCAAAAUGGCUGUUAUCGGACAUUCCCUAGGAGGCGCAGCAGCUGCCAGCGCGAUGAUGUCAAUGACUUCCCUCAAAGGCGGAGUCAACCUCGACGGCUCCAUGUUCGGUUCUGUGUUAACGACCGGCUUCAACGGCCCCUUCAUGCUGAUGGGUCACGAAAACAAGACACAAGAGACUGAUCCCUCCUGGAAGACCAUCUGGCCAAACCUCACUGGCUGGAAGAAGGAGUUUGAAGUCAAGCGCUCAGCGCACUACAGCUUCUCGGAUCUUCCCUUGGUCAUUUCUGCAUUGGGUCUGGAUGGGAAGUUGCCAGCGCAGGUUGGAGAGCUUCUGGGUUCUAUUGAGGGUCGUAAGAUGACGGGCCUUACGACUACGUAUGUUGAGGCUUUCUUGGAUAUGGUAUUGAAGGGUGGGAAGGGAAGUGCCUUUACCAAAGCUGGCGGUCGGUUCAUUGAGGUUGAGGAGGUGGCUUAG